AUGGCCGCACAAAAGAUCAACGAGGCGCACGAGCACAUCGCCAAAGCGGAGAAAUGUUUAAAGACCAGCAUGACUAAAUGGAAGCCAGACUAUGAUGGAGCCGCUUCAGAGAUGGCAAAAGCAGCUGUGGCUUUCAAAAAUGUGAAGCAAUUUGAGCAAGCGAAGGACGCGUAUCUGAAGGAGGCCGAAUAUCACACAGAAAACAAAGCGGCGUAUGAACAAGCAGGCAUGAUGUUAAAGGAUAUGAAGAAAAUGCCUGAAGCCAUUCAGUUAAUAGAGAAGGCCAGCAUCAUGUAUGUGGAGAACGGGACCUCUGGAACUGCUGGAAUGGCUUUGGACAGGGCUGGGAAACUGGUUGAGCCGAUUGAUCUAGAGAAAGCUGUGGACUUGUACCAGAAAGCAGCAUCUGUGUUUGAGAAUGAAGAUCGUCUCAGACAGGCGGCAGAACUUCUGGGUAAAGCCUCCAGGCUGCUGGUGAGACUGCGCAGGUUGGAUGAAGCAGCUGUUUCCCUUCAGAAAGAGAAGAACAUGUAUAAGGAAAUUGAGAACUACCCCACCUGCUUUAAGAAAACUAUCGCACAGGUGCUCGUUCAUCUCCACAGAGGUGACUUUGUGGCUGCAGACAAGUGUGUGAGAGAAAGUUACAGUCUCCCGGGCUUCAGUGGCAGCGAGGAUUGCGUUUCAAUGGAGACAUUACUGGCGGCAUAUGAUGAGCAAGAUGAGGACGAUCUGGUGCGUGUGUGUAACUCGCCUUUACUCAAGUACAUGGACAAUGAUUAUGCCAAGUUGGCCAUCUCUCUGAAGGUGCCAGGCGGGGGAGGUGGUAAGAAGAAGAAAUCUACCGUUGCUCCACAAGGGGGCAGUGGAGCGCCCCCACCAGCUGAAGAAGAUGAUGAUUAUGAAGGAGGUUUGUGUUAG